CACUAUUUUAAGUAGGGGAUUCUCGAAAAAUGACUGCUAGUCGUGACGCGUAUAGCACUUUAAAAACGGAUGACAGGACCAGAGUAACAAUACCAGAAUACAACAACAGAGAUGGACACAUGAAAACUUCACUUUAUGGUGGAGCCGCCUGGUAUAUACCUUCAGAAAGACGUUGGGAAUCUUACAGUGAACAUUUUGAACUACCAACAUUAACACGCAGAGAUGCUAUAGAUUUUCAGUCUGAGAAAGACUUUUUGAACUUUCUUAAAAAGCGUGACAUUCCAAAUUAUAAGAAAAUCACAGCUUAUUAUCCUUCUCAUCCUCCAUCUGUCAAAUGGAAUAGCCAUUAUCGAAUUCCAUCCUCGCAAACUGUAGGUGAUCUGCGAGAAUGUGUUGACCGAAGACGUGUUUGGGAUGAUACGGGUUAUUACGGGUAUUACCAAGAGAUACUUGAUCGAAUGGAAAGAGAGGAUUGUAGAAGACUACCACGUUCUGGUAUGGUUGGUUAUCCUUAUUUUACACAUCGGACGUAUUACUAAUCCUAUCAAGUCUCAAUUAAUCUGCUAUUUUAUAACUGUCAAGAAUUGCACGACAACAGAGGUUCAUUUGUCUGUGAAAUAUAUGCAUAAAAAUGACAGUGAUUGAUUUGAUUUUCAGACAAUCCAUUUUGUUUUCUUUCAAC